AUGCCUUCGGCAAUUGUUACGGGAGCUACAGGAAUCCUGGGGCGAGAGAUUGUGUUCGCCCUUGGAAAAGAUCCUCAAAAAUGGCAAACUGUUUAUGCGCUUUCUAGAAGCCAGAAAGAAGACUACCCGUCCAACGUUCAGCAUGGUCGGAUUGAUCUGCAAGCGGGGCCGCAGGAGCUUGCCAAGCAGCUCCAAGGCAUAGAGGCGGAGUAUUUGUUCUUCACUGCCUACCUCCAAAAGGAUUCUGAGCAGGAGAAUUGGGACACAAAUGGGGCGAUGCUCGAGAACUUCCUUGAAGCCCUGUCCAUGACUGGUGCAGAGAAGAAACUGAAACGAGUUAUUCUGACCACCGGGGCUAAACAAUAUGGCCUUCACCUGGGCCCUGCUAAAAAUCCCAUGGAAGAAUCGGACCCAGAAGUCAAAGGAUCAGGCCGACCACCGAACUUCUAUUAUCGACAGCAAGAAGCAUUGAGGACAAAGUCGAAAGGUAAAGGGUGGGACUGGGUCGUGACGUAUCCCAAUGUUGUUAUUGGAGUGGCAAAGGGUAAUUUUAUGAACUUUGCCACCGCACUUGGCAUAUAUGCCACAGUAACCAAAGAACUCAAAGAGCCUUUUAUUUUCCCCGGUAAUCCGGAUCUCUACACGGGAUUUGACUGCUUCACCUAUUCUCAACUGCAUGCGCAAUUCUGCCUCUGGGCAGCACUCGAACCUAAAUGCGCCAAUGAGAACUUUAACGUGGUGAACGGUGACGUGCAGUCAUGGCAAACGCUGUGGCCAAAAGUUGCGACGAAGUUUGGCGUGCAUAUUCCUGCAAAACAAUUCAGCUUGAAAGCAGGCGUGGAAAAUGAAGUGGAGUUGAUUGAGAGACCCCCUAUUGCUGAUCAAGCGGCCGAGAUGGGCAUCGUCGAUCGCAUCUACCGUGGAAAACUGAUAAUGAAGGUUGACUUGACGAAAUGGGCGCAGAGACCCGAGGUGAAGAAAGCCUGGGAUACGGUUGUCGCACGGCACGGACUCGACAAGGACGCUUUUGACAAGGCAACAUGGCUCUUCCUCAAUUUCGUCUUGGGUAAGAAUUCUGAUGUGGUUAUCAACAUGACAAAGGCGAGGAAACUUGGCUGGACUGGUUAUUAUGAUACUUGGGAUUCAUUAUCUGAGAGUUUGGAUGAUUUGGCUGAUGAAAAGAUCUUGCCAAAGUUUUAGCUGGUCUAAUAUGGACCGCUUAGACCAUUAAUAGUGAGGU